GAUGUAACAGGAAGCCACUGUAGCUGAUCACUUACAAUCUGACAGCAGUUCCAACUCUACUCACAUAUCACUUAAGACCAGGCUCGGCUUGCAUUCGCAACAUUAUUGUAUCAGCGUUCCAAAGCCUGCUUUAGCCUCAGAAAGAAGGAUCAGAUUACUUUGCAUUUCGUUUACAGUAAAGCCCUGGGAAAACGGUGAUUGAACAGCACACUUUCAAAUCUUUUUUACUUGGAUUCCCAUUUUGUUAGAUCAAUAUUUCUUAAUUGUUGGUUCAGUACUGGACCAAAGAUGGGCAGAUGUUUGCUGGUUUAUCUGUCAUUUAUAAGCUCUGUCACACAGCUAUUGGUGUUUGCAAACACAGAUGUUAAUGAAACUCAGGAAGAUGAAGAGAACCACGUGUAUAGCCCAUUCGGAAUCACCAGGAAUAAGAUAGUGACGGCACAGUUUGAGUGUUACCAGAAAAUCAUGAAAGAUAAUGUUCACAAUACAAAUGAACCCACAUGUAAAAGCACAUGGGAUGGAUGGCUAUGCUGGGACGACACCCCUGCAGGAGUCACUUCAGAACAGCACUGUCCUGACUAUUUCCAAGACUUUGACCCUUCAGAAAUGGUAACGAAGAUCUGUGAUCACAAUGGGAAUUGGUUUUUACAUCCAGAGAGCAACAGAACAUGGACAAACUACACAAGGUGCAAUGAACGCACUAGUGAGAGAGUGCAGACAGCAUUGAAUUUAUACUACUUGGCUCUAAUUGGACAUGGAUUGUCAUUAGCAUCAUUGUUCAUUUCAUUGGGGAUAUUCUUUCAUUUCAAGAGUUUAAGUUGCCAAAGGAUAACUCUGCACAAAAAUCUGUUCUUUUCCUUUGUUUUAAACUCCAUCAUCACUGUCAUUUGGUUUACAGCAGUGGCUAACAACACAGAGCUUGUAUCAAGAAAUCCUCUAAGCUGCAAAGUGUGCCAAUUUAUUCAGCUGUAUCUGUUUGGCUGCAAUUACUUCUGGAUGCUAUGUGAAGGAAUAUACCUCCAUACUCUCAUUGUUGUGGCAGUGUUUGCAGAGAAGCAACACUUGAUGUGGUACUAUCUUCUUGGAUGGGGAUUUCCAUUGAUUCCAGCCUCCAUACAUGCAGUAGCUCGCAGUUACUACCAUAAUGAUAACUGUUGGAUCAGUUCUAAAACAUCUCUGCUUUACAUUAUCCAUGGUCCCAUCUGCGCUGCUCUGUUGGUAAACCUGUUUUUCCUGCUAAAUAUUGUGCGCGUUCUCAUCACAAAGUUGAAAGUCACGCACCAAGUGGAAUCCAGUCUGUAUAUGAAAGCUGUUAGAGCUACUCUUAUUUUGAUCCCACUUCUGGGAAUUGAGCAUGUAGUGUUUCCAUAUAAACCAGAGGGCCAGGUAGCAGCAGAAAUCUUUGACUAUAUGAUGAAUAUUCUAACACAUUAUCAGGGGCUGCUGGUGGCCACCAUAUUCUGUUUUUUCAAUGGCGAGGUGCAAGCGGUACUAAGAAGACAUUGGAAUCAGUAUCGUAUGCAGUUUGGAAGCAACUUCUCCCACUCAGAAACCCUGAGAUCUGCCUCCUACACAGUAUCAUCAAUAACAGAUUUCCAGGGCUCCUACAGCAGUGACUGUAAUACAGAAAGUUUGAAUGGAAAAGGCUGCCAUGAUGUCAAAGCCACGAUUUUGAAAUCUGAAAACCUGUAUGCCUGAGGGUUGCCUGUGUACUAUUGACCACAGCAGUGAGGAUUGUUGAAGACCAGAGAAUUAAUCAUUUGUAGAUGAGACAGCUAUGGAGUAUGACCAACCUGAACUUCUCCCAUGAUACAGCAUCUGAAUAAAAAUAAAAACUCAAAGCUUUUAUCUUUUGCUAUAGACUGAACUAUGGCCUGUUACUUUCUAUCAUUUUUGUGAACCUGCAUGCAAUUUUAAUCAGGAGCUCCCAAAAGAACUUUUAAUUGGAAUUUACAUGAAAUAUGUAGUACGGGAAGCUGCUUCACUGCUUUAAUCUGGAUCGGAGGGAAACAUUUUUGUCCCUGUCUUAAUGCACAGUACUGAACUAGUCAUAUCACAUAAGGACUGGAGCAGAAUGAAGACAUGCACAAUAAGUCAUUCCAAACUGAAAGUAUCCUUUUGUUAUUUGAUCACAUUGAAUGGUGUGCCAAAAAUGUGAGGAUAUCAACAUGAAAUGCUUUCUGCCAAACUAUGGACUGGUAGUCACAGAUUUCCACAUGGUCUUCAACACAAUGCAAUCAUAACAAUGGACUGUGGCCUGGUAAAGAGAAAAAAACUGAGGAAAGCCUCAUGUACCAAUGUGGAAAAUUUGUUUAAUUUUAUGGGAUUUGUGUUAUCACACUUGAAUAUUCCUGGAAGUCACCUGCAUCAGUAUUAUUUGAUUUCAUGACACAUCCUGAUGAUUGAGGACACUAUGAAGACAUCAUUGAUUGUGGGUUUCUUGGGGGCUUUAUAUACAGUACAAGAUCAUAUGUUCUAGUGUAUACGAAUAUGUAGUUUACACUUUAAUUAUAACACUGCAUAUUUUCAUACUAGAAUUAUGUAAAUCAUUAAAAUUAAAAUGUACAAUUUUAAAAGGUAUAGUUAAAAUGCUGUAAAUGUGACAUCUAAAACUUAUAUAAGAUAAUCUUAUUCAAGUUUAGUUGCUCACUAUACGCAAGAAAGGAAAGCAAAUUAAGAUGCUAAGCAUGGAAAAUUCAAUGAAAAUAUGAAUAGGUCUUAGUCUGUUUGCUUCUCAAUAAAAAUACAUACUAUAAUUUAAUAUCAGAGGAAGGCUAACCUUCUUAGAAGCAUAUAGCCUGAUAAAUUCUGUUAACAUUUCAGUGUUGAUUUAAUCAAUAUUCAUGGGUUAAUCUGGCUAAUGCUAAUGAAAAUCUCUUUUAUAUUAUCACAAUAUCUGAAAAUGUAAUUACCUCAUAGGAGAAACAAAUAUUCUGUCUUAGCCUAUAUUGUUCUCCCCCUUUUGUCCACUUAGAUCUCGGAAACAGCUCAUACUGUACUGUAUAUGUUCUGUUAACAUUGUAUUAAAUUACACAGCUUAAACAAUAUAUAACCUUCUAAUGUAUAUGUUAAAACAAUCACCAAAUAGCAUCCUAUGUUUAAAUCUAAAAUGGGUUGUCAGCAUUUUGCAUAUUUUUGUCUAUGGAAAUGAUAGUUUUGCUGAACUGAGAUGUGUUAGUCUAAAAAAGAAGCUGCAUUUACCAAGAAAGAUCAUGACUGCUAAAAACAAAAAAAAAAUUAAAAAGUCAUAUGGCUCCAAUUAAAUACAGUAUAUAGUACCACUCUGUGUUACUACACAGUAAAAUGUCCUGGCCAAAUCCAGAAGAAUUGGCUCAAUUUCCAAUGCAUUCUGUUACUGACAAGUUGUCUAUUGCUACAAGUAACUUGACACCCAGUGUGAAGAUAAUACUCCCAUUUCAUUCUAACACUGCCUUAAAGUUAUAUCAUCUCCCACUGAAAAUUAAUCUUCUAACAUUCCCACAGGGCCAUUGCCCCCUCUGCUCUGGCUUUCUUUUUAUGUCUGGCACAUACUGUAUGUAUCUUGUUUCUUCAUACAUUUCAAGUUGUUUCAUGUCAAAAUGCUGGAAAAGAAAGUGGCUCACAUAAAUGUUGUAAAUAUGUUUGUACAUCACUAGAAGCAAAGAUUGUUUGUGUAUCUGUUUAUAUGUAUGUGUGGUUAUAUAUACGUAUAUGUAAGGAUGGAUCAGAAUGUAUUUUUAUACUUCUUUAGGAUGUAUGGAAGUAUUUGGAAAAUAUGGAUUUGUUUUAUAAUGUAAUAAUACAAACAGAUCUCCCCUUUGGCUGCCAGCAAACCUCAAAUCUACAUUAAUCUGGAAAUCAUUACUAGGCUGAUUUUUGGCUGAGAUGUUCUGUUGUUUUUGUUCCACAACAGAUUCAAAUUGAAACAAACUACAAAGGCCUCUUUGUCAAUUGAAUUAAGUUUCAGUUGGAAAAUCCAACAACCAACAAGAUUAUUUUAUUAGGUUGGGGUUUAAAUGAAGAGUUUUUUUAGGAAAAAAAUACAGAGUAGUAAAAAGGUAGUAAUACAGUCAUAUUAUCACUAAUAACUUAUUUCAUCCAGUGGUCUCCUCACUCCAGCUGCCAGUCCAGCAAGAACCCAUUAUUAAUUUUGUACUCCAUCUGUAUGAGGACUUAAAAGUAUUUGAUACAAAAUAUACAUUAGGCUAUUGAAAGCAAUGUUAUUUUUAGUAUAUGUAAAUAUGUAAAAUAUUUAAAACUUAAAUACAUUAGCUACCCAUUUAAUAAAUCUACAAAAAGAAAAUAUUUUCAGUUCAAGGUUAGCAGAUUACAUUUAUCUGUCAAAGCUUGGCAACAAAAUGUAUCACUGCAGGACAGUUUCAAAUAGCUAAAACUUUAUACAGUUGAAUGUUUCAAAGGAUUUAACACACAAUUUGGCUAUCUGCUUAACCUUGCCUUUCAUUUGAGUGAAGUCUCAAAAAUCCUGAUUAUUUUAACAUUUCUGGUUGUUUCUUUGGAAAUCGUUGUGUACUGUACUGUAUGUAUCACUGGGAAUCAUGUCUCUCUAUGGAUGAAAUCUGCUGUAUGAGUGUAAAUUAUACAUCUUUGUAUCCAUAUGUUAACAUAAAUUUGUGGCAAAAUGUGUUUUUCACUAAAUGUGGGCAUUGUUGCAAUGAUGUGUGUAUGUUAUCAUAUAAUUAUAGAUCAUUAUAAACAAACUUAUUCAUCUAA